GCCACCUCUCCUUCUUCGCACCGUCGAAGCCAACCAACAACGCGCUUUUAAGCACUCUCACCAACCACUACUACCUAUCUCGACAUGUCUGGCCGUGGAAAGGGAGGCAAGGGUCUCGGCAAGGGCGGCGCCAAGCGCCACCGCAAGAUUCUUCGCGACAACAUCCAGGGUAUCACUAAGCCCGCCAUCCGUCGUCUCGCCCGUCGUGGCGGUGUCAAGCGUAUCUCGGGUCUCAUCUACGAGGAGACCCGCGGUGUCCUCAAAAUCUUCCUCGAGAACGUCAUCCGCGACUCUGUCACCUACACUGAGCACGCGAAGCGGAAGACCGUCACAGCACUCGACGUCGUGUACGCGCUGAAGCGUUCAGGGCGCACACUCUACGGUUUCGGUGCAUAGAGGGUUUUGGAUUCUUCGAUUUGUUUAUUUCCUUGUAUCAUUAUGUAUUGUACAACACCGGGUUCCUAAUCGACUGGUCGAAACGU